AUGGGGAGCGCUCUUCACAGAACUGGCCCAGUAACGAGUCAUAUACGAAAUGCAGAACGUGACGCUAACUGGUUCCUGGGUGCUCUGUUUGCCAGUUGUGCUCCUUGUUGUUUCGCUAUUGUUCGUUUCGCGUUUGAACGAAUCGACUUUAAGAUCAGAACUAUAGAAUUAGAUGGAAAGAAAAUCAAGCUACAAAUAUGGGAUACAGCAGGCCAGGAGAGAUUCCGCACAAUUACAACAGCUUACUACAGAGGAGCCAUGGGAAUUAUGCUGGUGUAUGACAUCACAAAUGAAAAGUCUUUCGACAACAUAAAAAACUGGAUAAGAAACAUUGAGGAGCAUGCCUCUUCAGAUGUAGAAAGAAUGAUCCUCGGUAAUAAAUGUGAUAUGAAUGAAAAAAGACAAGUCUCAAAAGAAAAAGGGGAGAAGUUAGCAAUUGAUUACGGAAUCAAAUUUUUGGAGACAAGUGCAAAAUCCAGCAUAAACGUGGAAGAGGCAUUUUUCACACUUGCACGGGACAUUAUGACAAAGCUCAACAGAAAAAUGAAUGACAACAGUUCAUCAGGGGCAGGCAACGUAGCAACUCCCGAGCUCUGGUAUGCCUCCUUGCUGAGGGAUGGGAUUUUGUUUCAAGACGCCGAAGCAAGUCCUAGCCCUGAAUUAACUGUCUGACCCUACUGCGCCCUGCUUCCACGCUUCUUCACCCAAAAUGCGGCGACUUUGUACAAUGCACGUUUAUGCUCUGAACCAAUAAAAUA